AUGCACAGCUCUGAAGUCGACCUCCGUAACACCAACGACAUGACGGCGCUGAUGUUGGCGUCAUGCAGUGGGCAUAUUGAUGUCGCUAGGUUGCUUCUGGCGACUGGCAGCGUUAGCGUUCAAACUAAGAACGCGAAGGGAUUCUCGUCGUUAUCCCUUGCUAAUGAGAAUGGGCAUCUGGCAGUUGUAAGUCUGCUACAUGAAUAUGUGGCAAGUCAU